UUAGAGAGUGAUGAUGUGCAAACUGCAGGAAUGUGAUUAGAUUGCUCACUGGAAUGUGUGUAUUAUGUAGAUUAUCAGAGCAGAGGCUGACAAACAACUUUAUUCAGUCUGUUAUAGCAGCAAGAGAUCGUGCUGAGAGAAAUUUAGGAUGGACCCUCAUUUUAAAUGUUCUCAGUAUCACAGCUGCAGAUUGUUGAGAAUCAGCUGAAGUUUGUCUUCUGCUCCACCUUGAACACAACAACAGUGGGAGUAUUGAUUGACAUGGACCAACACACUUAAGUUCACCAUUAAGAUUAUUUAACUAAAUGAAUUGUUGAAAUAUAUUCUGAAGCAGAUCAUGUUAAAAUGCAGGUUUGGAGAGUUUAUUAGCUUCAUUAGCUUAGUGGCUGUUGUGGCUGAGAAUACAUUUUUGUAUAUGUGAUUUAUACACAGUUCUGAGAGUCCUUCUAAUAAAGGCACAAAUACAUGUCUAAUAUUCACAUGCAAUGUUAGGCUUCCAUUGUAUUAUUUAACAGCCUGAAUGAAUUUAACUUCUAAGAACAAAGAGGCAGAUCACUCUCAGAACUGAACUUUUUGAAAGAUGGACUGUUGCUGUGAUCACUGGCUCCACCUCCAGCAGUAACUGUUUUCUAGCUGAUGGACAAACUGGCACCACUCAUUUGUGAGGACAGAAAAUCUGUCGAGAACAACAUCAGAGUCUGUUUAUCAGCCAACAAAUGUUUUGUCAAGAUUCCAGUGGUUCCACAUUCGCUGCACAGUAAGAGAAACUACUGGAAGCUGGAGCCCAGUCACAUCACAGCCAAGAUGGUGCGUCGUCACUUCAAAGGAAUCCUGCGGCUCUUCCCCGAGUUGGCCUCCAAAGUGGAAACGGAGAACACGAGCAGAGCAUCAGAGCACUGCUCGUCUCUCCGCUCUGCUGAUGCUGCAGCCUGCAGAGCUGUUCAGAUCAGGUGUGAGGUGAAGUUCAGCAGUCCUUUCUCCAUCGAGUCCCUCCUGGAGAGAGAUGGUCCCUCUGCUCGGGCCUCCCGAGCUUCUCCUCUGUCCAGUGUGCCGCUCAGAGCGGACAGGCAGCAUCGCUCCACAAAGAGGAGCUUCAGCUGGGACUGUGAGGAGCCUCUCCUCCUUCAAGCUUCAGCUGGAAGCUCAGCAGGGGGCAGCACACACCAUGGACUCACUGCUGCUGGAGCUGCUAAGCCCCUCAGGAGGAUGCAUGUGUGCGCUGAGGCCUCCUUCCCCGUCUACACAAGAGCCGGCACUGCUCCUUAUUUCAGCAGCCCACACAACAGUUACAUCACUUACUCUGUACCCACAUUUACCCAGGAUGCUCUCCGUUUUCGUUUGUAAAAAUGCUUUUUCCUGCUUCCAAAUUGCACUUUUAUAUGUUUUGUGUUUUUGAGUGGAGUGUACACCAGAGACAUUCUUUAAAAGCUGGCACUAACUCUCUAAACCACACAAGGCCUAAAUCUGGUCUCCUGUGUGUCUUGAAUAUUUUAUCUGUGCCUUCAUUUUGUUGGUAGAUGGUUCAUGAUGGACAUUCACACCCUGAGGAAUGUGCAUUAGAAUCAUUUCAUACAUUUUUUUUUUUUCCCAUAGUUUUUGUGUUUGAGGUCAGAAUGUGACCAUGAGAUGGCAGCAUAGUUUCAUAGUUUGGCGUGACAUGCACACAUCCUUGUAUGCAACUCAGUGAUUAAAAUAUGUUCAUUCCACAUGCUGGUACUCUUUGAAUAGAACUCUAUCAUAUAUUCAAUUUAUAGUGUUACAUUUUUAAAUGUUCCACUCUUCCUGUAAUUCUAGGCCAUGCCACCUGCAGCAAGUAAAAUCACUAGCACUGUCUGAUAUUGCAGACUAUGAUUACAUUUUGAUUUUUUUUUUUUUUUUGCCAUUUGCUCCCGGUGGCACAGGUUCACUUCAGUUCUCAUGCAUGUCCCUCUGAGUUGGCUUGUAAUAAGACAAAGAAAACACGCACAAAAUCAAAUGCACACUAAAAUGGUAUCACUGAUUACAUAUAGCACAAGGCCAUGUACUUUGUAUGACAGAGAUAAAGGUUUUCCUGUACUUUGAGAGGUUGGGGGUGCCUGCCCUUCCUCUCAACACAUGUUGGUUGAAAUCUGAACUUCAAGCUUUGUCCCCUAAGGCUGCAGUCACCCCACUGAGUUAUCGACAUAAUAGGCCUCCUGAGUUGACUGACCACAGUGGCAUGGUCAAA